AUGCGCGCUCAAGCUCUUGCAACCGUUCUUCUCUCGGCCUAUGCCGGCCAGGCUAUUGCUCAGGAUGCUCCUCGGGUCAACGACAACCCUCCUGGUGUUGGAUACAAGGCUACUUUCCCCGAGGAGCCCUUCUUCAAGGAGGCUGCCAUCGAAGGAAACGUCAAGGGAGAGAUUUACGCCCAAGCUACAGACUCUGGAGAGGGCGUGAAGUUCAAAGUCAAGUUCAGCAACCUUCCCAAGGAGGGUGGACCUUUCACCUACCACAUUCACGUUGACCCCGUCCCUGCCAACGGCAACUGCACUGCGACUCUCGCCCAUCUCGAUCCUUUUGCUCGCGGCGAGGACCCUCCUUGCGAUCCCAAGGACCCUGCUUCUUGCCAGGUCGGAGAUAACAGUGGAAAGCAUGGAAAGAUCACAAGCGACCCCUACGAGACCGAGUACAUUGACUACUACGCCUCUACCAAGGAGGGCAUCGGUGCUUUCUUUGGUAACCGCUCUGUCGUCUUCCACUACGCCAACAAGACUCGCGUCACAUGCGCCAACUUCAUUUCUCAGAUCAAGCCUCCUGCCACCAACGAGUCUUACUCUGCUCCGGCUUAUCUACCUACUCCCACCGAGACUGUCGCUUUGACACCUACCCCCGGCUCUGACGGACCUGUCUCUACUGCGACCGACGUUGUUGGCCCCAACGCUGGCUCUUCGCUAGUUGCCCCCAUCAACCUAGCUCUGGCCGGUGUCAUGGCGCUCGCUUUCGCUCUGUAA